AUGCCGUCGCUCGUCAAUGGCUACCAUCCUCCUCACGAGCUCUCAAUUGUCAACAAACAUCGUCAAUUACUACCUGGGCCACAGUUACUGCACGAGCUGAUAGCGACAUCCUCUGAUAAUCUCAUUCUAGACUUCCUACUGGCGGACAAUGGACGCGUUGCUCUUACCUACGACGAGUUCCAUCGCCUCACGGACCUCCUGUCUCAGGAUAUCCAAGAGUAUAUCUCGCCCAAAAGGGAUAGAAGAAGCAUAAUUCCUGUCAUCAUCCCUCAGUCACCAGAAUUAUACGUGGCAUUGGUGGCAGUAUUGAAGUCUGGCUCUGCCUUCUGCCCUGUCAGCCAAGAUGUACCUCCGGAGAGACUGAAAUUUAUUCUCCAAGAUACGCAGUCAACCUUCGUGCUGGCGACCACCACCACAAGGGCUGCUUUUGAGGAUGCACUGUCAACCGUCCAAUGCAAGACUGUAUCUUUGGAAGCACUCGAACGGACAUCGCGUUCGGCGCAGGCGGAGGAUGCCCGUCCUCAAAGCCACGAGUGCAUCACACCCUCCAGUCCAGCGUAUGUCAUGUACACUUCAGGCUCUACAGGACUUCCCAAGGGUGUUGUAGUAUCGCAUUUGUCAGUGUCACAGUCAUUGCUUGCGCAUGACGAGCAUAUCCCUCUCUUUAAACGCUUUUUACAAUUUGCUUCACCAACGUUCGACGUCUCUAUAUUUGAGAUAUUCUUUCCAUUUUUCCGGGGAGCGACACUAGUGGGUUGCGACCGUGAGCGAAUGCUUACUGAUUUACCUGCCACUAUCCAAGUCUUGGAUGCGGACGCUGCGGAACUCACCCCCACGGUCGCGGGGACGUUAUUGAGAACCAGAAAGGCUGCCCCUUGCUUAAAGACGCUACUGACAAUUGGUGAAAUGCUUACAGCUCAAGUCGUUUCCGAAUUCGGAGGAAGCACAGAUAAGGCGAGCAUGCUGUAUGCUAUGUAUGGUCCUACGGAGGCGGCGAUACAUUGCACUGUGGCACCCCAGCUAGCGGCUGAUGCAUCGGUACGCAGGAUUGGGAGACCGCUGUCCACGGUCACAGCUUUUAUCCUCAAGGAAGGCGAAGCGCUUGGAAUCGCACCAGUUGGCGAACCUGGGGAGCUGGCGGUUGCAGGUCAGCUUGCUGAUGGAUACCUGAAUCGGCCGGAGCAGAACCAAGCUGCGUUUGUUGAACUUGAUGGCUACGGGCCAAUCUACAAAACCGGAGAUCGAGCAAUUUGCCGUCCUGAUGGGGAGCUUGAGAUCCUGGGACGCAUGACCUCCGGCCAAGUCAAACUCCGAGGUCAGAGGGUUGAAUUGGGAGAAAUUGAAGAGAUUGCCUCGAAGACCGAUGGUGUUCACCUUGCCAUUGCAAGCGUCAUUGACGACGUCCUCGUCCUUUUUUGCGCUGCAGAUCAUAAUGUCAAGGUCUCCAAUGUCUCCGACCAAUGCAAGGCAUGGUUACCACCCUACAUGCGUCCAGGUGAGAUUGUGCUGCUCGACGACAAUGUGCCUCGACUACCUUCUGGGAAGAUUGACCGCAAAGCACUUGAACGAAACUAUCGAGAACGCCGGGUGUCAAUCACCCACGAACCCUCUUUUAAGAACUCGGUAGAGGAGAAUGUAGGCCGAGUAUUGAGCGAUGAGCUGAGAUGCCCAGUUGACAGGCUGACCUCGUUCUGGUCAUUGGGUGUUGAUUCUCUCCGAACCAUCAAGAUUGCGUCUCGAUUACGCCAACAGUACAACUGUGUCAAUGCCGCGAUGAUCUCAGAAGCCGACAAUGUGGCCACGCUCUCAAGUCUUAUCACCAAGUCAAAAGAUGCAACAAGUGAAAGGACACAGCCUGACUACGCAACUUCAGACGAAUGGAAACGCAUCACGGCAAAAGUGAUACAUGACCUGAACAACUCGAGCCCCAAACUGCCCUAUGAAAAGAUAUUGCCCUGCAGUAACAUGCAGGUUGCAAUGCUAGUUGAAACCGCCGCAAAAGAAGAUCAGAAUUUCAACAGAAUUUGGCUCAAACUCGGGUCGAGUCUGACACUGCAACACUUGCGCCAGGCAUUUCAAAAGCUUUCAAGGAACAAUGAGAUCUUGCGAUCCGGAUUCGUCCCGACCGGGAAACAAGAGAUGCCCUUUGCUCAAGUCGUGUGGCGAGACCUCUCAGACGACCCUGAAUUGAGUAUUCUGCACCCCUUGAAGCUGGAAAAUGCCGGAACAGAGGAUGAAAGAGAUGUCUUGGUAUGGAUUCACCAUGCGUUGUAUGAUGGAUGGUCUUGGGACUUGAUCCUAGACGAUUUGAAUGUCAUCCUCUCUGGAGAAAACGCGCCCGUCAGGACUCAAUUUUCCGAAUUUCGCUCGAGCGAGCACGAUCGCUUGAGGUCGGAGCAGACAGAAAAUGUUGAGUAUUGGCGAAAUCAACUGCAGGACUUCAAGCCCUCAGCAUUUCCGAUGCUAACACCUGUUCGACUGGAGAGAACACCCAGAAAAACCACAGAGUCGCCACUCGCCAUAACUUAUGAACAGCUCUCUCACUUUGCGUCAAUUGCGCGGUGCAGUCGAGAGACGAUUUUGGAGGCGGCAUGGUCACUUUUGCUCUCAUCGUAUCUCGAUAGCGCCGACGUCGCAGUCGGAGUGGUUGUGGCUGGUCGCCAUUUCUCACUGGCAGGGAUCGAAUCCAUCAUUGGGCCGUGUCUCUCGUUAUUCCCUCUCCGCAUGGAUGUCAGUGCUCUAAGGACGGUACAUGAUGUCCUCAAUUACGUUCAAAGGCAACGCAACCAGUUUCUUCGACAUGGGAGCAUUACAUUAAGGAACAUCAACAAUGCAGCAGGUCUCCGCCAUGGGGACAGGUUGUUCGAUACGCUGUGUGUUUGGCAACAAGACAGCGAAGUGGAUGAUAGGGAUCGUUCCAAAGUUGCAAGCCUGAGAUCGCAAGAUACCUUGGACUAUGCCAUUGUGCUAGAAUUCGAACCCCGUCAAGGUCAGGUCUAUUUGAAGUUGACGUUCGACACGGACCUUAUUCCAGAAGAUCAAGCAAGGCUUAUAACUCAUCAGUUGGACAACGCUGCCUCUCGAAUCGUGAGCAACCUUGACCUUAGUCUGAACUACUUCUGGGAAAGUUUUGACAAGAACACCUUGUCCUCGACCAACACGAGCUUCCGAAAGUUCAGCGAAGACUUUGAUCUGACAACCACUAUCUCAAGUCUUGCAGAAUCGUGUCCAGGCAGAGCAGCCGUCGAAUUCGUGCUUAGUAUCGACGAGCGUACGAGCCAGGUGACAAAGGAAAUCCUCACUUAUGGAGACCUCCACAAACGCGCCCGGAUUGUCGGCCGGGUGUUACAGACUAAGUACAACGUGCAGAUUGACGAUCUUGUCUGUCUGAUAGGCCCUCGAUCGUCUCAACUAUAUAUUGGCAUCCUCGGGACCAUCAUAGCUGGGGGCGCUUAUAUGUGCAUCGACCCGCGAACGCCCGCUGCUCGAAUUCGCCAAAUUUUGAGCGAAGCCAAAUGCAGGCUUACCUUGUUCACCGGGGAUGUGCCUUUAUCGAACGAGAUAGAUGCGCCAACGCCUGUCUCCAUUGCCAGCGUGUUGGAACAGAAUUCCAUGACAAAUACUGAUAACCACCGGUCUUUGAAAAGUGAUCAAUUAGCAUACGCUGUAUUCACGUCUGGCAGCACUGGUGUUCCGAAGGGCGUCCUCCUCAGCCGUCGAAACUUGCUCAGCAAUCUGGAGGAGUUGUCACGUAUUUACCCCUGCCACCCCGAGACGGAUCGACUGCUUCAAGCCUGCUCACCAGCCUUCGACGUCUCGGUUUUUGAGAUCUUCUGGGCAUGGCACAAAGGUAUAACUUUGUGCACAGCGUCAAAUGAUGUGCUGUUUAGAGACCUGGAAUUCUUCAUCAAACAGCUGGAUAUCACGCAUUUGAGCAUGACGCCUUCGGUAGCUGCUCUUGUUCGACCUGACAACGUCCCAAAGGUGAAAUUGCUGGUUACUGCUGGAGAACCUAUGAACUCGAAAGUUUUCUCGGAUUGGGCUGACCGUGGACUGUACCAAGGCUACGGUCCGAGUGAGACAACAAACAUAUGUAACGUCCGCCCCAAGGUCUCGAAAUCCGACCUGCCAAAUAAUGUUGGUCCUCCGUUGCUGAACACAUCCGUCUUCAUUUGCCAAAGGCAGACCCCGAAGCAGUCCGGUACCACUGAUUCAUCCCGUCACCAGUCCACCCUGCAUUUUCAGCAAGUUAUCAAGGGAGGUGUAGGUGAGAUAUGGAUCGGGGGAGAACAGGUCGGACGCGGAUAUAUCGAUCCGGUGCUGACCUCGAAGAGCUUCUUUGAUCAUCCUGAAUAUGGUCGGCUCUACCGCUCAGGCGACAUCGGAAGGCUUCUUUGCGAUGAUUCCUUAGUCGUAUUAGGUCGCGAGGACGACCAGGUCAAGCUCCGGGGACAGAGAAUUGAACUAGGAGAGGUCAAUUCCGCCUUGGUGAGGUGCAGUCAAGUUGAAGAUGCGGUAUCCCUGGUCGUUACCAGAGGAAAUGAAAGUGCGAGUCUGGUUGCUUUCUGGACACCACGCCAAUCCUACAGAUCUGCAGACCCCGACGACAUGAAUGCCACCAUCUUCGAAACGUUGGCAAAUAGCUUGCCAGACUACAUGAUACCUGAUAGCCUCAUCCACCUUGACAAGAUACCUCUGACGCGCCAGGGAAAGAUCAAUCGCUCGGAUUUGAUCUCCCAUUAUCAAAAUCUCAGCACAGAACAGCUCCAAGCCACGUCUAGAGGCAGCAAGCCAGAAGGUGUUGAUCAACUCUCCUAUUCCGAGAAAAUUCUUGCCCGUGCCGUGGCCGAUGCGCUUGGAGUCAGCCUUGCAAAUAUCAGCCGUACUACCUCUUUCUAUGCCCUUGGUCUGGAUUCGAUCAGCGCAAUACGCGUCUCAAGAGCACUGCGAGACCAUUAUCCUAUGGUGGAGAUAUCCUCGUUGAUGCAGAACCCAUCCAUCUCACAACUAGGGAGAUACAUUGAGAAACAUGUUCCGCAGCACAAUCCAUGUAACGGCAAGAAUAAUAUGGGUCGUUUCCCUGAAAAGUGGGAAGAGGAAAUCCGCAGUUUGUAUUCGCGGGCUGGCCUGGAAGUCGAGAGGAUCCUUCCCUGUACUCCUCUACAAGAAUCUAUGGUCAUCAGCUCGAUGAAUACUUCUUCUCGAGCCUAUCGGAACACUCUGCGCUUCAAUGUCAGUGGCAGCGUCCCGAGGUUACGACAUGCCUGGGGGGACGCAUUAGCAAGACACCAGAUCCUUCGUACAGGCUUUGUCGCAACUGACUCCGCUGAUUCUCCUUUUGUGCAAGCAGUCUUGAAGAAUUUCCAGCUUCCCUGGUUUGAAGAAGAUACCCAACAGUUGAGCUAUGAUUUGGAGGGUCUCAUGGUCCCUCCAUGGAGCCUUGAAGUCAGAGGGAAGACAGAGCUAAUCCUGAGAAUGCACCACUGUCUAUACGACGCAGAGGCAAUGGCCGUUCUGUUAGACGAGAUUCAAUCCCUGUACCACGGUCACCAACCGGCUCCGACAACCCCCUUCGAUAGCUAUCUGUCGUUCAUGGAGAUGUCGAACACGGAUGAUACAUAUGAUUUCUGGCGGAGAAAGCUACAGGGAGCUACAGUAUACAAACUAAGUGAAGCCAUAUUGCCUGAGGACAAGGCUGCUCCUGGCACUCAUUUGUUGGUUGAACGAUGGUCUGCGAUGUCUGUCUCAGAAGUGCAACGAUGUGCGCGAAAGAUACAUUCGACUCCAUUGGCUCUAUUUCAAGCUUCGUGGGGUCGGUUUCUCUCUCGCCUCUUUGGUAGUCAGGAUAUCUGCUUUGGAAAUGUCCUUAGCGGUCGGAACCUUCCUAUCGACGGUGUGGAAACGCUGGUCGCUCCAUGCUUCAACACAGUUCCAACCAGAGUACAAUUGCGCCCAGACGAAUCGAAUCAAGAAUUGUGCAAGGGCUUUCAGCAGAUAAAUGUCGAGACUCUACCACAUCAGUCGAGCUCGCUUCGUCGAAUCCAGCGAGCCGUAGACACCCAAGGCAGAACGUUAUUUGAUACACUUCUUCUGCUCCAACAAGACGGACUGCGGCUCGACCAUCAGGCCGAUGCCAUCACCUUGAGACUGCACUCUGAAGUAGCUGAGAAGAAGAUACUCGGUCGAUUUCUGGACAUGUACGACGCCCUUCUCAUCCACACGGCCAGAUAUCCGCAGUCAAGAACAUUGGAUCAUUCAUUUAUUGCUGGCAUGUUGCCACGACUACAGGCUUCUACGCCAUUCACUGUUCUUGCCUCCACACCACCCACAGACUCCUUUGAUGCACCGGGGCACAUCAAUGAAACACUGUCUCGAACGGAAAUAUUGGUGAGGGACAUACUCGUCCAAUUGAAGCCUGGUUCGCAUUCAAAGAUCUUCAGAGACACGACAGUAUUCAGUCUUGGCUUCGACAGCAUUAAUGCCGUACAGAUUGCAGCACGGCUGCGGAAAAGCGGAUUCGACAUAUCGACUGGAGCUAUUUUGGAAGCUGCAAGCCUCGGAAAUAUCGCCAAAAUAUGCGAUUCAGGGGCGCCACGAGACUCCAAGCAUGCGACUUUUGACCUUGAGUCCUACGAAAAGCGUUGUCGCCGAUCUAUCUGUCAGAAUAACGGCCUCGACGAGACUCAUGUCCAGUCCAUAUGGCCCUGCACACCUACUCAAUCAGGGAUUCUUUCGCAGUUCCUCCGAUCGAGUUACAUGCUCUAUCUCAAUCACAUGCAUUUCGGCUUGGAUAAAGACGUGGAUGUACCAAGAUUAAAGCAUGCAUGGAGUCUUGCUAUGCAAAGACACGCAAUGCUAAGGACUGGUUUCGCUGAGACCGACGAUCCCCAGACUCCAUUCGUCAUGAUAACCUAUCUACCAGAUGCAGUACAGCUACCUUGGGUUGACGAUUCAGUGCAAAUACCCCAAGAGAGAGGUGAAGCCAAAUCAAGAAACAUGGACAAUCUCACUGAACCACCAUGGCUCAUUCGGGUGACCAAAAAUGGCUCCGCUCUGAACCUUGAACUAUCCAUGCUGCACGCUCUGUACGAUGCACAUUCUCUAGAUAUCAUAUUGGCCGAUGUUGCACGUGCGUAUGCGGAUUUCGAAUUUCCCGUUGGUGCUUCUCUUGCUCCAGUCGUCUCAAAAAUCUUAGGCUUGAGCAGAGACGAAAGUUCCAAGCCAUUCUGGUUGGAAGUAUCGGCUGAUAUGUGCCCAACUCGCUUUCCAGAGUUGGGGGUAUACAAUCUAGAGGUUGACAACUAUUGCGUCGCGACUCGGCAGUGCAGUCUAUCUCUAAAAACCCUCGAGGAUGCAUGCGCAAAUGCUGGAGCAACAAUGCAAUCUUUGGUUGCUGCAGCUUGGUCUGUAUUACUUUCGGCAUACACUGGCCAGGAUCAUGUCACAUUUGGUGUCAUCCUCUCCGGUCGGGAUUCCGAGGAAGAGGAAAACAAGGCAGCGUUCCCUUGUAUCAACACCGUCCCGUUUGCGAUGAGACUCUCUCAAGACAGGAGUGAUCUUUUACAAUCAGCCGUUAAGCGAUGCGCUGGUAUAUUGAAACACCAGCAUACUCCACUAAGCUCGAUCAAGCGUUGGGUGCAGGCUGAAGGCGAUCUGUUCGAUACUGUGAUCGUUCUGCAAAAAUACGAUGCAGACGAAGGCCCAAAGAGGCCGUGGACGCUCGCCAAAGACGAUGCAACUGCAGAAUAUACACUCUCCUUGGAGCUCAUACCCCAAGAGAACGACGGGUUGAAUCUUCAGGCAACUUUCCGUAACCAGGUGAUACCACCGGAUCAAGCCGUGUAUAUCCUUCAAGAAUUCGAAGAACAGAUGAAAGUCCUGCUCGCACAAACGACAUCUAAUUCGACGCUGCCAAAAUCUGUCCUGUCGAUCGUGCCUGCAAAAGAAGAACGGAUUCCGACCACGGUCCGCUACCUGCAUGAAUUUGUGGAGCGGACAGCAAGAGAGAAACCCAACAGUAUUGCCCUGGAAUUUGUGCAAACCAUUCACAGGAACACCCCUAUAAAGCAAACUUGGACUUAUGCCCAGUUGGACUCGAAUGGAAACAAAAUCGCUCGACUGAUCCAGAGCAAAGGCAUAGAAGUUGGAAGUCUCGUGGCUGUUUGUUUUGAUAAAUGUCCCGAAGCCUCCUUUGCAAUAUUGGGGGUUCUCAAAUCAGGAUGCGGUUACAUUGCGAUUGAUCCCGGGGCGCCAACUUCGAGAAAGGAAUUCAUCCUCCGCGAUUCUGGCUGUGGAAUUGUCCUCACAACUGACGAUAAGGUCUCGGAAUUUGACAGCAUUCCAGGCGUUUGUAGUUUCGCCAUUGACAAUGCCUGUUGGAAGGAGUUGUCGAGCGAAAAGCCUUCACUCUCGAAGGAACUGCAAGUACAAGAUGUCUGCUACUGUCUGUACACCUCGGGAACUACAGGAACACCCAAAGGAUGCUUGAUCAGCCAUGACAGCGCGGUCCAGGCAAUGUUGUCUUUCCAGCGGAUUUUCGAUGGUCGAUGGAAGGAAUCAUCCCGGUGGCUGCAGUUCGCGUCCUUUCAUUUCGACGUCAGUGUGCUUGAACAAUACUGGAGCUGGAGCAUAGGCAUCAUCGUAACUUCGGCACCCCGAGAUCUCUUGUUCGAGGAUCUUCCAGGGACUAUCAACGCCCUUGAGAUAACUCAUCUCGACCUGACCCCCAGUUUGGCAAGGCUACUCACGCCCCAAGAAGUGCCGAAUCUAUGCGAGGGAGUCUUUAUCGUUGGCGGUGAGCAAGUCGGGCAGGAUAUCUUGGAGACCUGGGGCGAUACGGGUUGUCUUUACAAUUUCUAUGGGCCAAGUGAAGUGACGAUCGGUUGCACAGUACACCGGCAAGUACCCAAGACUGCGAAGCCAACCAAUAUUGGUCAACAAUGGGACAACGUAGGCUCUUUCGUUUUGGAGCCCUCGUCGCAGACUCCCGUUCUCCGUGGGGCGAUCGGCGAGCUUUGUUUGUCUGGCCCUCUUGUUGGAAAGGGAUAUCUCAACCGACCCGACCUUACAACAGAGAAAUUCGUAACGUUGGCUGAAUAUGAUACGAGGGUUUACCGAACUGGUGAUCUCGUCCGUCUCCUGCAUGACAACAGCUUCGAAUUUCUGGGCAGAAUCGACGAUCAGGUCAAGUUGCGUGGGCAGCGCUUGGAAAUCGGGGAGAUCAAUCAUGUCGCUCUCAGUGCGGAUAGUCGCGUCAAGGACGUUGCUACCAUGGUCUUGAAACAUCCAACACAACAGAAAGAUCAGCUUGUGACUUUCUUCUCUACAGCUCAAAGACGGGCAAAGAACGAGAAACCAUCGAUUGUAACUAACAAGGAGACUCAGGACCUGGCUACAAAGAUUCGAUUGAACUGCUCUGACAAAUUGCCAGCGUACAUGGUGCCCUCACACAUUCUUGCAGUCUCAUCUCUUCCCUUAUCGGUUAACAAUAAAGUUGAUCAGAAAUCGCUGAAAGCGAUAUAUGAGGAGCAUCUGCCUGGUUCAGCGCAAGACGAAUCCGACAGAAAUUUUUUGACGCAAGAAGGCCUUCAGCAUUACAAUGAGAUGGCCAGUGUGCUAGCAUCUUUCUUGCGAAUCCAAAUAUCAGACAUCAAGCCAAGUUCGAGACUAUUCGAACUCGGGCUGGACUCCAUCUCAGCCAUCGGUCUCGCUAGAGCGCUCAAGCGCCAGGGAUUCCAGAACGCGGAAGUGGGAACGAUCCUGAAGCACUCUGUCGUCCAAGAUCUUGCCCAAAUCAUUACGCGGGAGGCCACUUCACACCAGAACGACAUCGUGGACACUGCUCGCCAGAAAAUCCAAUCAUUCAGUAACAUCCACAAUGGAACAAUCGCACAAAGCAUGAACGUCUCCCUAGAAAGCAUUGAGUGCAUCGCACCUUGUACGCCACUACAAGAAGGCAUGAUUUCCCGGGUAAUGCAGGCCGACCCUAACGAUACAGUUUAUUUCUCCUGCUUCCUCUUUCAGCUCGAUUCAAACACCGAUAUACAGCGACUGAAAAGUGCGUGGGAUGCCUCCCAGCGGUCGAUUUCUAUCCUCAGGACAUUCUUCGUACCAACAGAAGAUGGCUUUGCUCAAGUUGUGCUGCGCGAAACCGACAGCGGGGUGAAGAUCGUCAGCGAAGCCAGAAAUGGCGACGUUCGCAAGUUCGAGAAGUCCUCCUUCAGAGACUGGGUCAGAUCUGCAAGGUCCCUAUCUACGUGUUUGCCCUGGAAAGUUCAAUUGGGAAAGUCCGGAGAUGGCGGCUUCAUGAUACUCCAGAUAUUUCAUGGACUUUAUGAUGGAAGCAGCCUUCCAAUACUGCUCAAGCAAGUCAAGCAGCGGUAUCAGCACCCAGAGGAGACUUGGAAGCCGAAAAUGCAGUUCUAUCAAGCCUUGCCCCAUGGACCACUGUCUCAGCUGCCAGACGAGAAGGAAUUCUGGCUGUCACACCUCCCUCGCAUCCAACCUCACAAGCUGCCAUUGGUCCAUGCCGAGCUUGAGAUAGAUACUCAUGCUGUCAUCUUGAGGCAUCAUCUAAGCAUUGACCAUUUGAAAACCUUGUGCAAUGAAUUGAACGUUACAGUCUCGGCCUUUUUCCAGGCUAUGCUACUCUAUGUGAUGCAGAGAGAAUUCAACUCCAGCCCGACAAUAGGUGUGGUAGUCUCAGGCAGAGCCACAGCCACAGAAGAGAUAGAGGAUGUGAUUGGCCCAAUGUUCAAUACCCUGCCAUGUGCCAUCAAUUCUCUCACCAAUGGUGCAGCAGUCUCGAAUCUCGUCCGCGCGUGCCAUCAGUUCAAUGUUGAUAUCAUUCCGUAUCAACAUACACCUCUGAGGAAAGUUGUUCACUUCCUUGGACUAAGUGCAAGCCAGACUCUGUUUGACACGUUAUUUGUUUUCCAAAAGACAGCACCGGAUGUCGAGGACCGCGCGUUCUGGCGCGAGAUUCCAACAGACAGCUCGCCAGAUUAUCCGCUGAAUAUCGAGGUAGAGCAGAACGGCUCCGAGUUCGACGUCACCCUAGUUGCGAGGCCGCAAUACAUGGACAAGAAAAGCGCCAGUCGGUUGUUAGACAUGUAUCUUGACGUUGUUCGCAGGCCGGAAGAGAUGACCGCAAUCCUACCCCCGGACUUUUGCCUAUCACAGGACUCCAGGACCCCGAGUGGGGAUCAUAAAGCGGACUUGACAAUCUCGAAUCAUGUUCAUGAAGACAACGAUACCGCACUGAACGACACAGAGACAAUCAUUCGCUCGGAAAUGGCCAAGCUCGCCUCUGUGGACGAAAAGAUGAUUCACCGUCACAGGCCAACGAUCUUCGAACUAGGCUUGGACAGUAUAGAAGCAAUGAAGCUCGCAGCUCGCGUCAAGAACAAGGGUCUGAGAGUGGCUGUGAGUACCAUCAUGCGGUCGCCAACCGUCGCAGGGAUUGCUGCGGCGGUUACAUCAAGCAUGGAAACCCAGGCCGAAAGAGCAAGUCGCGAAAGGGCGUCUUUCAUUAAGGAACGCCAGAUCAGCUAUCAACGUAUGCUACAGAGCCAUGGUGUCGAACUCGACAACGUACAAGCCAUCUUUCCGGUCACACCGAUGCAGGAAGGCCUACUCUUGGAAUCUGACAAGUAUCUCAAUGUCAUGACUUUCGAAUUAGCUGCAGACAUUGAUCUGAACCGACUGAUAAAAGCGUGGGAAACAGUCGCCCGGACAGAGCCAAUCUUGAGAACGCGCUUUGCUGUCGUCGAGUCUCCAGAUAAAAAGACGGCCUUUCUCCAAUAUGUGGUGAAGGAUGGAAGUGAGGUGACAGUCCUUGACGAGAAGCUGAAUGAUGUGGUCCGAAACCUCAAAAACGUUCCAGACGAGCAACAACUGGUCGAUCAAAGGACUCGUAUCACUAUUGUCCGCGAUGAAACUGCCUCAUUUCUUGUUCUUGCCAUGCCGCAUGCCUUGUACGACGCCUGGUCAUUGCACUUACUGCACCAGGAGGUGACUGAGACCUACCAGUUCCCGCAUAGCAGAGCCCGAGGAGCGGCCCUGGAUCAAUAUAGGGAGCACCUCGAGGAGAUCAUCACACAAGGCGAGAGCUCAAAGGCUCGUGAGUUCUGGGAGUCUCAACUGCGGGAUAUCCAACCCACCACUCUACAAGCGGCCCUCGAUGAUCACAGUCACCACGGCUCAGCGUUUUUGUUGCGCAAGCAGUCCACGACCAGCUUAACCAAAGCCCUCGACUUCUGCAGGCAGCAAGGAGUGACGCUCCAGACUUUGGGGCUUGCAUGCUGGACAAUGGCACUUAUUCACUACACCUGCCAGGUGGAUGUAUGCUUCGGGCUUGUUCUUUCCGGGCGCACAACCGAGGGCUCGGAUCAACUGAUCUUCCCAACAUUCAACACUGUCGCUUUCAGACCUCUCAUUCACGAUAAUAUGACCAAGGCAGAGGCCAUCCGGAGAGUGCACGAUGCAGUUGUGCGGGUCUCGGAAAAUCAGCACUUUCCACUACGUGAGGCUCUUCGUCUGGCACGAGGACAAGGAGUGAGUGAAGAUUUAUUCGAUACUUUAUUCACCUUUCAAAAACUUCCAACUGUCGAACGUGAGCUCCCAGCAUUGUACAACGAAGUCACGCCCGACGAGACAGCCAUCACGCCGCCGUAUCCUGUCAAUGUUGAAUUGGAGGGCGAUGCAAAGGGUCUGAUCUGGACUUUCGCAUGCCAAGAUGGAGUUACCAGCCAAGAAUUUGGACAGACAGUGCUGGAAAAACUGGAUACUAUCCUGGCAGCUCUGGUGAGAAAUCCUGACCAAGACCUUCUGGGCAAAGAAGGCGGAAAGGUGUCAAUAUGCGGUCUCCCAGGAGUAGAUCUAAUCCGCAGCAAGGGCGACAGGCCAAGGAAGACGUCUCACAUUGCUCAAGAUCAGCAGCAGUCCCACAGACCCGAAAACUGGAGUUCAACCGAGGCUGCCAUUAGGGAUGUCCUUGCAAAAGUAUCCCACUUGGACAGAGAGUACAUUAAAAAGAAUACGGGCCUGUUCCACCUCGGCCUGGAUAGCGUCAGCGCCAUCAAAGUUGCUACUCUGCUCCGAAAAGAGGGCAUUAGGCUUCCAGUAAGCGCGAUCAUUAGAUCACAGACGGUUGAAAAGAUGGCCGUGGCUGCUGAACAGCUCCAACGCGCAGGUCAGGAGACGGCCCGUACACCUAACGGGUUUGCGGAGAUCUCGUUUGUUCCGGAGAACAUCAAGGGGGGCCUCACAAUACCAGAGGAGGAUCUCGAGAUGAUCAUACCAUGUACCGCGGGUCAAACGUACAUGCUUGAUAUGUGGAGAGCAAGCAAUGGGCGCUUGUUCUUCCCCAUUUUCUGGCUGAAAGCGUCCGGUGUUUCGCUGGAGGAUUUGAGGCAGGGAAUGAAAAGGCUUGUUGAUGAAGUUCCGAUACUGAGGACUUUGUUUAUCCACAAGAGUGAUGGUGGAUGGCCAGAAACAUUUCAAGUGGUCGUCAAGAGCGAGGCAGUGGCAAACUAUGGCUUCCCCUGGGCAGUGCGAUUCGACGUCCGAGGAGAUGAAUUGCUUGUUACACUUCGCAUCCACCACGCCUUGUAUGAUGCUGUGAGUCUCCAGCUGCUGAUCACACGCUUCGAGAGAUUGUGUGCUGGUACCGCACAGACCAAGUGCAACACGGAUAUGAGCACUCUGAUCUCGAACAACCGAGCAUCUCGGUCGAUGGCUCAAGAAUUCUGGACGCGUUAUCUCGGCGAAGGUGAAGGUACACUUCAACCCAUGGGUCGGGGUUCAUUCGCAGCAAGGCGCGUUGAGAGAUUCCAUCCCAAACUAGUGCCGCUCGAGGGAUUGAUCAAGCAGCUAAAGCAUCAUGGCCUUAGCAUUCAAGCACUCUUCUUCGCCGCAUAUGCCAGGAUUUACGAGGGUAUACGUUGCCACCUGGGUACAGAACAACAGUCGACAGAUACCAAAUCGGAUGUUGUGAUUGGGGUCUAUCUUGCAAACCGGUCGCUUGAUAUCGACGGGAUCAUGGAACUACUUGCUCCGACAUUCAGCAUCGUUCCAUUGAGAAUCCGAUCUGGGGGGACCCUUCUUCAGUCGGCAUUACAGAUCCAGCAUGAUCUGGGAGAAAUCACGCGGCCAGAGAACUGCGGAGUGGAUAUGAGGGACAUUAAUACGUGGACGGGAGUCAAGCUGGACACGUUUGUCAAUUUCUUAUCCCUCCCAAGUGAUGAGGAUUCAUCAUCGUCUGGAGACCAAGCGAGCAACGUUCGAAUCACCCAUGCGGAAACCUCGGGGAAGAAGGAUAAAUUUGAGGGGGUUGACGCGCCGUCGCCUUUUAUGGACGGCAUGGAGUGUAAUGCGGAUAGCACGAAGUGGUGCUUGCCUGCUAUUGAUAUCGAGGCUAGAGUUGAAGACGGGUACCUAGACAUGGGUGUCUUUGCCCCAGAAGAUAUGCUUUCGGAGGACGAGGUCAGCAGGGUCAUGGAUGAGAUGAGGAGGUUGAUGCUGGACUUUGGUUAG